UUUCUCUAUUAUUUUAUUAUAAACUCAGAUUUUGUGAUUCUUCAUAAAUCACAACGAACUAUACUUCUCUUUCGAGUGGAAAAUUUUCUUUUUCUGGGUGUUUUUCACUAAACUCUGGGUUACUUCAUUGUAUUUCCUUUUUUCCCUGUUUGGUUUCCGAGAAAACCCAAGAAAACGAGCGAGAAGCUUUACUUAAAGAGAAAAAGAAACGACCAUUGGUGGUUUUUUCAACCCAGUUGAUUAUAUUUCCUGUUUGGGUUUUCUGUUUUCUUAAAUAAACCUGGUUUGAUGGUGAUGGUUUUUGCAGGAGCAUUGGUUGUUUUUUAAGCUCGUUUAAAACAAAUUAUUUUUUGGAAGGAUUCUAAAUUGUUUUUUUUUUUUGGGUGUAACGUCUUUUUCUUGUUCGUCGGUUACUCGACAGGUUCUUUGAAUGACUCAGUAAUGGCUGAGUCGAACAAAGUAAGGUUAGUUCGGUGUCCAAAUUGUGAAAACCUUCUUCCAGAACUUGCUGAUUAUUCUGUUUACCAGUGUGGUGGCUGCGGUGCUGUUCUUCGAGCAAAAAUUAAGAACCCUGAAGCGGAUACCUCGUCGGAGAAAUUGGAAGAAGAUAAGCGCGGCAGAGUUUCUAGCAAAUCCGAAAUUCCGUUGAGGAAAAGAUUAGUAGAUUUGAGUGAUGCCUCCCAUGUGGAUGUUAAAUCGAGUCUUGGCUCUUUGAGGCGUGAUCAAAAUGAUGCAGAGAAGAAGAGUAAUGUUGAUUGUGAUGAUACCGGCGAUAAACAGCCGGUUGAGAAUGGAAAUAAGGAUGAAAUCACGAAUUCUGUAGAACAAGAACAGGAGGAUUCAUGUUCUGAUUUUGGAUACAUUGGGAGAUUGCAAAGGCAAGCUGUGAAGCAAGGAGAGAUGGAGGGGUUGCAGAGAAUUCCGAGAGCAGUUGUUGAAGGUGUGAGGUUUUCUACUUCGAAUCAUCCGGAUGAAGGCCCAUCGUAUGGUUAUAGUGAUUCCUUGCAGAGUCAAACGGACCAGGCUGGUUCUAGUAGGGUUCACCUUGAACAAGAUCGAGCCGAGCUUUUGAGGAAGCUAGAUGAGCUUAAAGAGCGACUUAGUCGGUCUUGUGAUGUGAUUGAUAAACCGAAAGAGAAGGAUACAUUGUUCCCGAGUGGGUCUUCCGAAGCAAAGAAGCCUUCAAUGCCCUUGUACGGACCUGAUCAACAUGGUAUGGGGGCAGGGCCGUCUUAUUUCAGUCAUUUUCCAGAGCCAUUUGCUUAUCCUGUCAGGCAUGAUAUGACUCGGCAUGGGUUGCAUCCUCCAAUGCACAAUCCAAAUCAUAUUCCUGCAUAUGGAGAUCCUUUUGGAUCCCAAAUCCUUGGACGAGCACCGCAACAAUUACCCGGAGAAUACCAACAAGCACCUCAUCCGUACUUUUCGAGACAGUAUAUGGAAAGUAAUCACGACCCAUUUAUGCCAUAUCCACAAAGUUCAGUGUUGCACCAGGCUUCUUGUUCUUGCUUUCAUUGUUACGAGAAACAUCGACGAGUUCCACCACCUAUUCCGUCCCGUUCUUUUGGUGAUAAAAGGUUCCCCGAUGUGCCUUGUAAUCCAAUGUACCAUUUUGAGAACCACGGGACUUUUAGUUCGCAUUUCCACAAUUCUAGGACUACAAUGCCUCAAAUGAGCGUGCUUCAUUCACAAGCUCAAGCUAGAUGGCCUAGUGAUCUUAAGCCGGAAAUAGGUGGUUUUGUUCAGUGCCAUCCGCAACGGGUGGUGGUAACCAGUGGUGGUCGCCGUUUUCGUCCUAUUGCUGGUGGUGCUCCAUUUAUUUUGUGUUAUAAUUGUUUUGAAUUACUACAAAUGCCAAAGAAAAAACAGCUCGUGGCAAAAACCGAAUAUAAAUUGCGUUGCGGUGCCUGUUCGAGUGUAAUAAACUUUACCAUCGUCAACAAGAAGCUUGUUCUUUGUGAUCAUGCUGAGAUGAAAGGAACUUCUGUACGGGUUGAUGAUAUCUCUGAUGGAGUUAUCAAUGAUAGUUCCUCGUAUUUCCGUGGCCGUGUGAACCGAAUUGCUGCCACUUUCUCGCCUGACGACUACGAUGAUUCUGGUUAUGAUUUUCAAUCAAUGGACCAAGAACCCGUUGUAUCGUCAAUGGGCCAGGCUUUGAAUUCAAUCGGACCUCAAGAAAUGCAAAGUUUUCAUUCUUCAUCUCUGAGCAUUUCCGAGGACGACAACAGUCCGGAUGUUUUAAUUGCUUCGAGAGAGGAAAAGAAUUCUGUUCGGCAGCCAAUCAAAUCCACCAUGUCUCCCCCACCCUCAGGUUCACCACUUCAAGACCACUUCGAUUACUCUACUAGCAAUCAAGCAGUCAACAGAUUUGGGAAGGGAAAUUGUAGUAAUCGCUCUGGUCAAGAGAAAUUCACGUCUAACAAGGCCGCCUCAAGACAAAAUUCUUUAAAAGAGGCGUCAUUACCUACCGAGAUGGAGGUUUCAUUUGACGACUAUAACACAGGAAUCUCUCAAGAUUCAGGGGAAGCAGCCAGAGAGGGUGAUCAACCAAAAGUUGCAAAAGGAGGUGAAUCGUUUUUCGUAAAUAUUGUCAAGAAGAGUUUUAAGGAUUUCUCGAGAUUUAAUCAAACUGAGGAACGCAGGAAAAGUAACAUUUCGGUUAAUGGCCAUCCUAUAACUGACCGUGUGCUUAAAAAAGCUGAAAAGAUGGCCGGACCCAUUCAACCUGGACAGUAUUGGUAUGAUUUUCGAGCUGGAUUCUGGGGUGUUCUUGGUGGGCCUUGUCUUGGCAUAAUCCCUCCAUUUAUCGAAGAAUUUAAUUAUCCAAUGCCAGAAAACUGUGCCGGUGGAACCACUGGUGUUUUCGUAAAUGGGAGAGAGCUCCAUCAGAAAGAUUUGGAUUUGCUUGCUAAUAGAGGGCUUCCAACCGAUAGAGAUAGAUCUUACAUCAUCGAGAUCUCUGGCAGAGUCCUGGACGAAGACACUGGUGAAGAGCUAGAUUGCCUUGGCAAACUUGCCCCGACAGUUGAGAAAGCAAAGCACGGUUUCGGCAUGAAAGUUCCAAAAGUAGCCGCGUAAUGAAAUACAUAAUGAUCCCCACAGUUAAUCCCGCGGAUACAAGAAGUUUGGUUCGUUCUCCAUUGAGUGUGGAAAUAAUCAACUGGCAAACUGGUUGGAAGGUUAGAAAUCCGAUCGAUGUUUUUCUAGCUAACUUUGAGGUUGUCGAUGUUGGAUGGUUUCUUAAUCCGAUAAGCGAAAAAUAUAAAUAUUUCAAUACAUGUUCUAAAUGAUUGCUUUUCAAGUUAUGUAAUGCAUAUGCAAAUAUUGCAAUAUAAAAUCUUUGUUUCAUUGUAUCUCAUUGUUUUUCAAUAUAGAAAUGUUUGAAAUUGAACCGAGCUUGAAUGAACGGACUUAUCUUCAUA